AUGGCUGAAGGAAAGGGCAAGGAAGUCAAUAUGGUGGAUUUUAAUGGAAGGGUUCCACACAAAAGGCAGCGGUUGGAAGCUUGGGAGCUUCAGUGUGUUUGCUUCCCUCCAACGGAGAAAGACCCUCUUUCAAACCCUCUUGUGGUUGAGGCUACUGUGGGAACAUUACAAACGAGCAGAGCAUACAUAGACACUGGUGCUGCCACCGAAAUCAUGUUUGAGAAGUUCUUCAACCGUUUGAGCAAUGAAGAACGUUCAAGUGAAGGUCAGAAGGAGAGAGUCCAACCACUCACCUUUGUGGUUAUCAAUAUACCUUCAAACUAUGAUGUGAUCAUUGGAAGGUCGGGGCAGUGUGCAUUCUAUAUGGCUGUGUCUGUUGGCCAUGGCACUGUCAAAUUUCCUACCGAGAGGGGAAUAGCAACCCUUCAACCUACUCAGGAGGCCUACAUGGUUGAAGGUGAAAGUUCCAAAAGUGAAGAAGACAAGCAAAGGCUAAUCAUAAAACCUAAGUACCCUGAGCAGAGGAUAAGGUGCCCGGAAGAUAUGACAGGCAUCCCUCGAAGCAUUUCUGAACAUGAGUUGAAAAUUCCACCUAAUGUCAAGCCUGUUGUCCAAAAGAAACGAAGUCUAGAACCUGAAAGAAGCUUGGCUACAUGCCAAGAGGUUGAAAAGCUUGUGUCAGCCGGCAUUCUCUGA